AAUUGUAAGAAGUUGGUGGAAGUUGUAAUAUUUUGGUUUGACAAGUCUUUGUUUACAGUUUGCUAUCAUUGAAAAAAAGAUGUAAUAAAUUAACUUUUCAAAACUAAUUGUAAUAUUUAUACAGAUAGAAUUAUUUGAAUAAAAUGGCAGAUGAUAAUGUUCUAUUUGUUCGAGGAAAUGGAAAUGGCACAAAUGCAGGUAGUGAAGAUGUGUGGGACGAUAGCGCAUUAAUAAAAGCAUACGAUAAAGCGGUGAAUUUAGCAAAGGAAGAGGUUGUUAAGAGAAUGGGCAUGGAUGUUCAAAAUUCUCAGUCUAAACAAAAAUCACAGAAUGUCAAACAACCUCGACACACAAAUAAACCACUUAAGAAAUGGAUUGUUGGAGCUCCUUGUCGUGCGGUAUAUUCAGAGGAUGGAGAAGUUUAUGAAGCUAUAAUAUCAAAAAUUCAUGAAAAUAGUGGGAUUUGUACCGUGAAAUUUGUAGGUUAUGGUAAUACAGAGAAGGUAUCGUUAAGUUCUCUCUUAGAAUCAGAAGGUUUGCAAAGUCAAAUAGCGCAACAAAAGAAUGCUAUAGCAGAAAAAUUUAGCGGAGAAAAUACUGAAACUGAGGAAAUUAAUUUUUGUACAAAUGCAAAUUCUAAAAAGUAUAAUGGAGAAAAAAUGGACUGUGAAUCUGAAGAUACAAAAACAUAUAAGCAUCAUUUUAUGUCUGGCCGUUCUUUCAAUUCUACAGCUGAUAUGAUGCCACCUGCCCCACCUCUACCACCUCAAUUAAUGGCCAAAAAUAUUUUAGGUUGCCAGAUAAUGAUGCAGAUGCACUUUCAAGUAUGUUAAUGUCAUGGUAUAUUAGUGGUUUUCAUACAGGUUACUAUCAUGGUUUGAAACAAGCCAAAAAUAAUCAAGAGAAAAGAAAGAAUUGCUGAUUGUAUAUAUCUCUUUCACAUGAAAUAUAAUUUUUACAGAAUUACAUAACGAUAA